CUGGCUUUGCAACAUCUACCGUCGAGCCAAAAUGGGUGAUGCUUGGAGACUCUGUUCCCCUUUUGAUUGCUCUCCUGUCCACCUCUUUGGCCCACCGAAGAGUCGGAUUAUUGGGGGUCAUGAAGCUGUACCCCAUUCCAGACCAUACAUGGCAGCCUUGAAGGGUGAAGAUGAGUUUGUAUGUGGUGGGUUUCUGGUGGAUCCACAGUGGGUAAUGACCGCAGCACACUGCAUGGACGGGAUUCUGGAGGUCCCCCUGAUGUGCAGAGGAGUGGUGGAAGGCAUCGUCUUCUUCAGCGAUCAAGUCCCACCGGGGGUUUAUUCCCGCAUAGCCGACUUUCUUCCUUGGAUCAAGCACAUCAUGGGAUCGGAUGUGUGAGACCAGGACCCUGGAGCAAUUCUUUCUUUUUUUAGCUGCCUUACGGGCGGCAGGCCUUGCAAUUUCUCGUCCUUCCCUUUUCCAUUUGCGCAAAAAAAUUUAAAAAAUAAAGACACGCAGCAACA